AAGAAAAGAAGAGAAGAGACAGAAAGGGAGAGACUAGGAAGAAAGAAGAAGAGUCAGGGGCUGGUUUGAGUGUCCCGGGCGGCGCAUCUCGAGGCUCGGCUGUCGGCGGCCAUCAUGCCUUGCGUCCCUUCCUCGAGUAACAAUACUCGCCAUGCCGCCCAAGAAAGAAAAAAAGCCGGCAGCAGGAGCCACUGGUGGCAAGCCAGCGGCUGGGGCUUCGGAGAGCAAGCCGACUGGUGGAGCUGCCGGUGGCAAGUCAUCUGGAACUGGAGCUAAACCAGCUGGAGGUGCCAGUGGAAAGUCAGCACCAUCAGCAAGUGCAAAGCCAGCAACACCUAAACCUGCUGCCUCUGGUGGGAAGCCUGCUCCUGCAGCUGGAGCAAAAGGUGGAGCAACUGGGGGCAAGCCAGCUGCAGCUGCUGGAGGCAAGGCUGCUGCAGGAAAAGCUACAGGAGCUAAGCCUGCAGCCACAGGAGGAAAGCCUGCAGCGGCUGCUGGAGGGAAACAAACUGGUGGCAAGGCUGGAGCCACAGGAGGGAAAUCUGCUGGUGGCAAGGCAACAGCAGGUGCAGGAAAAGCUGGUGGCAAGCAAGGUGCUGCAGCUGCUGGUGGGAAGGCAGCAGGUGGAGCUACAGGAGGCUCCAAAAAGCAGGGAGCAAAGGCAUCUGCUGCUAAGCCUGCUGCUGGUGCCAAGCAGAGUGCAGGAGCUAAACCAACAACUGGAACGAAGAGGCCAGCAGGGUCUGCUGCCAAGGGACCUGCUGCCAAGAAACAAGCCAGUGGAGCAGCGGCUCCCAAGAAAGCAGCCCCAAAGAAACCAGGAGCCAAAGGAGCAGCCGCUGGCAAAGCUGGUGCCAAGGGUGGCCUAGCCAAGAAGACUGCAGGCAAGGGAGUUGCCAAGGGUGCCACUGGAAAGAAGCCUCUUGCUAAAGGGGCUGCACGUCCCAGAGUGGGAGCCAAGAAGCUGACCAUUGCUGCCUCCAAGGACAGGAGACUCAAAGGACUCAAGACCAGUAAAAAGGUUGCCGUGAAGAAGGCUUCUAAAGUGGCUCUCAAGAUUGUGAAGGGCGCUCAUGGCACGAGAGUGAAGAAGAUCAGAACCACUGUCCGGUUCCGUCGCCCAAAGACCCUGAGGCUUACACGUAACCCCAAGUACCCUCGCCGCUCAGUGCCAAGGAAGAGCAAACUGGAUGCCUUCAAUAUCAUUAAGUACCCUCUUACAACUGAGUCUGCAAUGAAGAAGAUUGAAGACAACAAUACCUUGGUCUUCAUCAUUGACCGCCUUGCUAACAAAUACCAGAUCAAGUAUGCUGUCAAAAAACUGUACGAGAUUGAUGCUGCUCGUGUCAACACACUCCACAGACCUGAUGGCCUGAAGAAAGCAUACGUGAAGCUUGCCCCUGACUACGAUGCCCUUGAUGUGGCCAACAAAAUUGGCAUCAUCUAAACAUUGUGGUUACUGUGGAAAAGUUCAUUAAAAAAAAAAGAACAAAACCUUUUUCA